AACCAUCGCACGGCGGCGCGCUCGAUCCACACGGCCACCGGCAAAACAUACAUAAGCUCGGUUGUUUCAAUAUAUUUGCAUAUUCGCGCCCACGCACUCGAUCAAACAGUCGUUCGGUUCACACCUGUGGAGUCUCCCGACCUUUGACCUGUCCUGUUUGCACACGCGAGCGCAUCAUCAAACACUUUCCUCCCUUUGGCAAAGCGUUACUUUGGACCCCACCCCCCCACAGAGAGAACUAAGCGCAAUGAUGCCGCAAAGUGCCCCAUGAAUCUUUGAUCUCAUGCUAAUUUAGGAGUUCCCCUCCAGGCAGAGAGAUGGUCGAGUCUCUGCUUCGCCCCUAAAGUUUACACACACACACACACAGCGACGCGCACGUAUACAGGGACAGGGCGCCGCCUGUUUAGCUGUUGUUUCUUGAGUCACUCCAAUCAAUCACUCGAGCUACUUAUAGCCACGGGGCGUCUGAAGAUGGUUUGUUCCACUGGAUUCAGUGGGGCGUCUCACCCCAACACCAAUGAACAGGGAUCCUUGUCGAGAGCUCUUUUUUAAUCGUAUGUCCAGGGUUUAUUUAGCUCCAUUUCCUGUUCUCCCUCCCCGACCCUCUGGCAGGUGAAAUGCCGUCCAUUUUGGAUGAAGCUGGAUCGUAAACACUGAGGUCUGGUUCCCAUGAAGCGUUGUGAAUCGGCUCCUCGGUUCUCUGCAGCUCUGCGCCCCUUGUCACCCUGUUACAUGACAGGCUGUCCUCGCAGCGUCACGGGCUUAGGGCGCCCCCCGGUGGUCGCUAGCGGCAGCUGCGACACGACACAUAAAUGAUGCCAUGCUUAAUGGCAAAGGUUUCUUUGUCACGCUGUGGCGGUCAGGUUCUUUUUGUCGUUUCCCGGUCGUGUUCUGACUCUGGUCAUGAAUCUUCAGCCGAGGACGUUGCUGUAGUUGCCAGUCGUGAUGUUAACCCUUUUGGACGUGUGCCUCCCCCCUCCCUCCCCCCUCCCUCCCCCCCCAGUCGUGUGAUGACGUACAGGGAACAUGGAGCCUGGGUGGUCAAAGCCCACCUGCAGAAGGAGAAGGAGGGACACAUUAUCAGCGUCAGCGUGAACGGAGACGUGCGCUUCUUCGAGCCGCGGGCGCCCGACUCUGUGAACGUGCUGCAGACGGUGAAGGGGCUGACGGCGCUGGACAUCCACCCGCAGGCUAACCUGUUCGCCUGUGGGUCCAUGAACCAGUUCAUAGCGGUCUACAACGCCAACGGGGACAUCAUCAGCAACAUCAAAUACUACGACGGCUUCAUGGGCCAGAGGAUCGGAGCUAUCAGCUGCCUGGCCUUCCAUCCUUACUGGCCCCACUUGGCCGUGGGCAGCAACGAUUACUACAUGUCCAUCUACUCAGCAGAGAAGCGUCUCAGAUAACACCCCAUCACUCACCCCCUCCCCCCAGUGUCCUCUCCCCUCAACCCCUGACCUUUGACCCUGCGACCCCUUACGACCCCUGGGAUCCAGGAUGUAAAUGACUUCUACUGUACAUAUGCAAUUUACCAACCCUGAAUGUCCUAGUGAUGGCUGCUGACAAAUUUAUGUUGUGAUGAUGACGACGACGACUAUAUUAUUAUUAUUAUUGUUCAUUCAUAUUCUUAUUAUGAAGCUAUUGAUUGUAGACUUGGCUGUGCUGAGCAGCUUGUAUAUUUAAUUGCAUAUACAGAUGAUAGUAGGUCUAUUUUAAAAAGUAGGUACCGUCUUCGGGGUUGGUGUUCAAAAAAACGGCGAUCGUCAGUACCCGGUCGAACUCUGGAACGACCCCUUAGCGCCAGGGGUCAGGGGUCGCGGAGAGGAGCGGAAUCACUUGCUAAACACACAAACACCUGUGGGCAAAAACGCAGGCGUCCCCUCUACUUGGGACUCCCGGAGGCGGAGCCGGGACGUUCUGCCCCGCCUCUCCCCAGACGUUCCUGAGGAGAAGACCCACACCGCGGAGGGCUGCCCCGCCCCGGCGGCAGGAAGAGGCAGGCUGGAGGAACGCGCUUUGCUGAAACGGAGCACGGAUAAGCCCCGGGAUAAGGGACGUGGGGCCAUGACCGACGCUCGUUAAAAGAUAUGCUUGCUACGGUGCCAGGACUUGUCCUCCCUUCAACCUCCCCUCUCCCUCCCCGUCCCCCCCCGUCCCCUGUCACGCUACCCUCUCCCUCCCCGCAUCCCUCGCCCGCCUUUCCCUUCGCCUUCAAUCCGAAACCCCCCCCCCGCCUCACCCCAGCGUGCCAAAAUCCGUUGCCAUGGUUACCCCUACAGCUUCCCAGCACAGCCCCAGAGUGUUUCCCUGCCUCGGCAUGUGCACUCAGGAAACCCUCCGCGCUGUUGUGAAGCCCACCUUCUCCCAAAGCCUGAAGGCUAACCCACACCCUCUGCCCAGUGGACGGUUAACUUAACGGUAACAAGGGCCACCUGGGCCACUGAAAUCUCCCCCCCCGUCCCCCAACAGGCACCUAGUGCUCCCUCUAUCACUGACCUGCAUAGCAAUAAAUGAAGGUGUGGACGCUGCAGCCCCCCCCCCCAGGUCCCGCUCCGCCUCGUCCAUGCCUUCCCAGUGGGAAGCCGCUCAGCCCCAGGUAAGAUGGAACUCAAGGCUGGGGACGUGAAGGAGUAGCUUCAGGAGGACUUACCAAAGCUAGGCCUCGCUAGAGGCUUUUGGAGAGCGGCCAAGACUGAGCCUCAUAUGAUUCUACUGGGCCACUUCUACCCUCCAGGCCCAAGUGGGCCACGCCCCCACAGUGACAG